UCAGCCAGAGACAGAGAGUUAGACCUGGAUGUAAUCUCUCAGCCAGACAGACAGUUGGACCUGGAUGGAAUCUCUCAGCCAGAGACAGAUAGUUAGACCUGGAUGGAAUCUCUCAGCCAGAGAGUUAGACCUGGAUGUAAUCUCUCAGCCAGAGACAGAGAGUUAGACCUGGAUGGAAUCUCUCAGCCAGAGAUAGAGAGUUAGACCUGGAUGUAAUCUCUCAGCCAGAGACAGAGAGUUAGACCUGGAUGGAAUCUCUCAGCCAGAGAUAGAGAGUUAGACCUGGAUGUAAUCUCUCAGACAGAGACAGAGAGUUAGACCUGGAUGUAAUCUCUCAGCCAGAGAUAGAGAGUUAGACCCGGAUGGAAUCUCUCAGCCAGAGAGUUAGACCUGGAUGGAAUCUCUCAGCCAGAGACAGAGAGUUAGACCUGGAUGGAAUCUCUCAGCCAGAGAUAGAGAGUUAGACCUGGAUGUAAUCUCUCAGCCAGAGACAGAGAGUUAGACCUGGAUGUAAUCUCUCAGCCAGAGAUAGAGAGUUAGACCUGGAUGGAAUCUCUCAGCCAGAGACAGAGAGUUAGACCUGGAUGGAAUCUCUCAGCCAGAGAUAGAGAGUUAGACCUGGAUGUAAUCUCUCAGCCAGAGAGUUAGACCUGGAUGUAAUCUCUCAGCCAGAGACAGAGAGUUAGACCUGGAUGGAAUCUCUCAGCCAGAGAUAGAGAGUUAGACCUGGAUGUAAUCUCUCAGCCAGAGAUAGAGAGUUAGACCUGGAUGUAAUCUCUCAGACAGAGACAGAGAGUUAGACCUGGAUGUAAUCUCUCAGCCAGAGAUAGAGAGUUAUACCCGGAUGGAAUCUCUCAGCCAGAGAGUUAGACCUGGAUGGAAUCUCUCAGCCAGAGACAGAGAGUUAGACCUGGAUGUAAUCUCUCAGCCAGAGAGUUAGACCUGGAUGGAAUCUCUCAGCCAGAGAGUUAGACCUGGAUGGAAUCUCUCAGCCAGAGAUAGAGAGUUAGACCCGGAUGGAAUCUCUCAGCCAGAGACAGAGAGUUAGACCUGGAUGUAAUCUCUCAGCCAGAGAUAGAGAGUUAGACCUGGAUGGAAUCUCUCAGCCAGAGAUAGAGUUAGACCUGGAUGGAAUCUCUCAGCCAGAGAUAGAGAGUUAGACCUGGAUGUAAUCUCUCAGCCAGAGAGUUAGACCUGGAUGGAAUCUCUCAGCCAGAGAUAGAGAGUUAGACCUGGAUGGAAUCUCUCAGCCAGAGAUAGAGAGUUAGACCUGGAUGUAAUCUCUCAGCUAGAGACAGAGAGUUAGACCUGGAUGGAAUCUCUCAGCCAGAGACAGAGAGUUAGACCUGGAUGGAAUCUCUCAGCCAGAGACAGAGAGUUAGACCUGGAUGUAAUCUCUCAGCCAGAGACAGAGAGUUAGACCUGGAUGUAAUCUCUCAGCCAGAGAUAGAGAGUUAGACCUGGAUGGAAUCUCUCAGCCAGAGACAGAGAGUUAGACCUGGAUGGAAUCUCUCAGCCAGAGAUAGAGAGUUAGACCCAGAUGUAAUCUCUCAGCCAGAGACAGAGAGUUAGACCUGGAUGUAAUCUCUCAGCCAGAGAUAGAGAGAUAGACCUGGAUGUAAUCUCUCAGCCAGAGAUAGAGAGUUAGACCUGGAUGUAAUCUCUCAGCCAGAGACAGAGAGUUAGACCUGGAUGUAAUCUCUCAGCCAGAGAUAGAGAGUUAGACCUGGAUGGAAUCUCUCAGACAGAGAUAGAGAGUUAGACCCGGAUGUAAUCUCUCAGCCAGAGACAGAGAGUUAGACCGUCAAAGCAAAGAACAGAUGCAGUUGUCAGACUUAGCCAGUAGGUGUUUUCAAAUAACCAGUUUGUAUCCCAAUUGGCACCCUAUUCACUAUUGGUCAAAAGUAUAUAUAGGGAAUAGGGUGCCAUUUGGAAUGGAUCACUGGUCAAAAGUAUAUAUAGGGAAUAGGGUGUCAUUUGGAUGGAUCACUGGUAUCUCAAUCUAGUGGGAGUAAACCAAGGGAUGUAUUUGUACCUCUGUUCCAGGAGCGGCUCCUGACCCACGUGCUGUGUUUCUUCCUGCCUCUCGGGGUCAUGACCUACUGCUACACUGCGGUGGCGGUCACCCUGCACCAUAGCCAGAGAGGUCAGCGCAGCCUGGAGAAAGAGGGCGCCAUCAGGCUGGCUGCACUAGUCACUGCUGUGUUCUGCCUGUGCUGGCUGCCCUACAACAUCACCAUGCUGGUGAAGACCCUGGUGGAUCGGGGGUUGGACUCUGGUUUGAGCUGCCAGUCCCGGACUAGUUUGGAUAAGGCCUUGGUGGUGACAGAGAGCCUGGGGUACACACACUGCUGCCUCAACCCGUUGCUGUACGCCUUCACUGGGGUACGGUUUCGACAGGAUCUCCUGAGACUGCUGGCCCACUGAGUCUGCGGUAAAGGGGUGUACUCCGAGGGGACGGGAGUAGGACGACAGCGUGGUUCUCUAAAGGACUCACCACCACUAAAAUCCUCAUGUUGACCACCAGAUUGUGGAUCAAUAAUCAACCCUCUGUCUAACCUCUUUAUGGGGUUGUGUAUCAAUAAUCAACCCCCAGUAUGUCUAACCUCUUUAUGGGGUUGUGACAACAUAUUCACCUGCUUGUGCCUCGUGUGUAUAUACUGACAUACAGAGUCUUCCUUGAUGGCAAUAAUGCACGACAAACGCUUGUGCUUAUAAACGUCUGGAUAGUUUAUAAAUGCCUUGUGUUCUGGAUAGUUUAUAAAUGUCCUGUGUUCUGGAUAGUUUAUAAAUGUCUAUUUGUGUUCUGGAUAGUUUAUAAAUGUCCUGUGUUCUGGAUAGUUUAUAAAUGUCUAUUUGUGUUCUGGAUAGUUUAUAAAUGUCUAUUUGUGUUCUGGAUAGUUAAUAAAUGUCCUGAGUUCUGGAUAGUUUAUAAAUGUCUAUUUGUGUUCUGGAUAGUUUAUAAAUGUCCUGUGUUCUGGAUAGUUUAUAAAUGUCUAUUUGUGUUCUGGAUAGUUUAUAAAUGUCUAUUUGUGUUCUGGAUAGUUUAUAAAUGUCCUGUGUUCUGGAUAGUUUAUAAAUGUCUAUUUGUGUUCUGGAUAGUUUAUACAUGUCCUGUGUUCUGGAUAGUUUAUAAAUGUCCUGUGUUCUGGAUAGUUUAUAAAUGUCCUGUGUUCUGGAUAGUUUAUAAAUGUCCUGUGUUCUGGAUAGUUUAUAAAUAUCUGUGUUCUGGAUAGUUUAUAAAUGUUUUGUGUUCUGGAUAGUUUAUAAAUAUCUGUGUUCUGGAUAGUUUAUAAAUGUCUGUGUUCUGGAUAGUUUAUAAGUAAUAAAUAAAUAAUAAUAUAUGCCAUUUAGCAGACGCUUUUAUCCAAAGCGACUUACAGUCAUGUGUGCAUACAUUCUACGUAUGGGUGGUCCCGGGGAUCGAACCCACUACCCUGGCG